AGCUUAAUGACACUACUCACUAUCAAGCUUUCCUCAGCGAUCGAUCUUUGCUGAAACGACUCUUAAAGUUCGACGUUGAUCUCUACUUGUAUCUGCUUUGGACGUAAAGUUCAUAAUAAGAUUUAUUCAGUCUUGUUUCUCCUUUGCGUCGGUUUAUUCUGGAGUCAAAGUGAAUAAGGAUCUUCAUUCCAUGGAUGUAGUUUUAAGCUUAGUUUUACUUCGACGAAUUUCUGUGAUAAUUUUGACUUAUAUGGAUACGUGAUUACCGAUACGAUGUAAAUUACAUUGGAAAGAGUUUCUAAUAAACUGAUAAGGGUUGUUUCUGGAAGUUUUCGACUCAUUCUCCCUUUAGUUGUGAUGAAUGUAGAUGAACAUCCGACGAGGAUAUCGCCAUUAUAUACAGGUUUGGAAAUACAUCGCCACGAUCAAGAAGAAAUAUUGAAUGUAAACUCUCGUUAUUAUGUGAAUAAUAUCAUAACGCAGAUCAAUGAUUUGGCAAUAUACUAUGUCACUUUAUGCCGGCCAGCACCUAUCCUCGACGAAAUUUAGCACAUGCGAAGUAAGCAAAGUCGGUGAUUCAUAUUUUAAUUUACCGAGUUACCGGGGUAGAACUACAAUUAGCCAGUUUGAUUGGGAAUCUUCAUCGUUCUUGACCUCGACUAAAAAUUAACCUGAACGAUGGAUUCGGAUACGGAAGCUCUUGCCAGGAGUAUUCAAUUAACCGAGGAGUAUAACCCGCACUCCGAGACAGAUGACGCAAGUACAGUCCGGGGAUCAAUAUCCGACUUUAGCCGGACAGCAACCUGCUAUCCGAUUUUCUUCGCCAGCGGUCGAACCGAGGCUACAGUGGAACGUACAAAUUGUGAGCCGAGAACGGUUCGCCGAUCUUGUUUCAAACGCCAGCGCCAAGGAUACUUUUUGAUAUCAUUUAUCAGUUUGAUUGUACUAGCCGGUCUGGCAAUGAUUUUUGUCGGAUAUUAUUUGCAUAAUCGCGGAUAUCUGUUAGUGGUUGGAAUAAUUUAUCCGUGGGUGGUAGGUGUACCGACCUGUUAUGUGUACUGUCAAUACCGGGGGUCACGACCUAGAAGUAGAAGAAGAGGCUCAACUAUUGCUUUAUCUUCCGCUAUGAGCAUAGAGGUGCCACCCCCUGAGUAUGAAUGUCGACAUCAAUUUACUUCUGUAUCUGUGGAUUACAGUCCUCAAACUGGUUGGUCUAACCAAUGUUCUCAAAGUAACCAUGGUAACGGAACAACACCUGGGCCUCGGUCCCCACGUCCGAACCGCGUAGGGAACGGUACAUCAUCGGGGACGAACAGAGGAUAUUCUCUGAGUAUGUCGUGUGAUGAACCUCCCCCAGCUUACGACGAUGUAGCAGCUGCUGAGGUAGCUGGGAGCGGACCUACGUAA